GGAGAAUCUCUUAGUCGCAUAUCCCACACACCCGAAGCCACAGUACAACUGGCAUGAACACCUGCACGUUUCCUGCGAUGUGCGCUGUUUGCAACCACGAAAAUUAUGGAUCUCGUGACAUCUGACAGCCCUCUCUUUACAAUAACGUAGUGCUUAACAAGUCGGAGAUUUGCGGGCAACUUCGUUUUUAGGUUUGCUGUUUCUUAGUUAUUGCAUUAAAAUUUUGUCAGUUCCACAGUAAGCAGGUACUCCGAUGAACUGCGAAGACAUGGAAAAGGAGCGGAGAUCGUCCAGGCAGUACGGGGCACUGGAAUGCACCAAAUGGGACGUAGAGACGCCCAAGCCCGAGGAGGAAGACGUCGUCUCUAUGGCCGACUCCUCCAUCACGAUAGACGACAUCGAGGGGGAGCUCUUCAAGAUUGAGCGGAUCCGGGACAUCCUAGUGAGGAGAGAGUCGGAGCUGAGAUACAUGAUGGAUGAUAUCCAACUCUGUAAGGAAAUAACAAGACUUAAAAGGGAGCUACAGAAACUGGUGUCUAUUCCAGAUAAAGCCAAGACAAAAGAAGACAGGGCAAAGGAGGAAGAGCUUCUGCAGCAGCUCCACAAGCUGGUGGAGACCAGGGACUUCCUGGUGGACGACGUGGAGUUCGAAAGGCUCAGGGAGAGAGAGGAGGACAAAGAGAUGGCCGACUUCUUGCAAUCCAAGUUCCCGAAAAGCCUGAAGAACAGAAGUGGCGGUCAGGACCGGAGGGUGACCUCCAGAGCCCAGCAAACUUCCUCUCCCUUUGUCACCAAGACCGGACUCACGCUUCUGAAAGAGUGCUGUGGGUUCACAUGCUCCAUCAUGUAGGCCCCCUCACUUGGGGCUUGGGGUAGCAAAAGGGGCAAAUCUGAAGUAGAAAUGGUGGCAUUACCUGAUAGUUGAGAACUUGGAUUUUGUCAAGGGCCAGAUGGAUCAUGGAAGCAGGAGAUGGAAUCGAAGAAGUUAAUGGCACAUUGUGUGAGUGCAUGUUUGUGGGUGCGGGUGAUGUUCUGUCGUUUGUGUUCAAUACCCCCCGUGUCUUAGCCUUCCAAUGCGCACUUUCAUCCUGAAGGAAGAAGAAACCAUCGUAAGACCUGAAUAUCUACUAGGACUGAUAUUCAGUCAUAUUUCCUCAUUGCCACAGAAGCUUAUUUCCAGAAUGUAAUGUACAGUAAUCCGUCAUCCCUACACGGUGCGUUCCUUGUCCUGCCAUAUGUUAGCACUCGCUAAUGAACCUGUACUCUGGUGUGCCCAUCUGGUGCAGUAUUAGUGAUUUUAGCACUUAGCAAUUAAGGCUAACAAUAAUACUGUGCAUUUUUACCUA